AUGGCUGCACCUCCACCCACUCCCACCGUCAGGGAGCCGGUCUCGGCCACUCCCCCAAGCGACCCUUCACAAGCCGGCGGCCCUUCCAAUGUCGGCGGCCUGGCACCAGGCGGUCGGUCCCCAGCACCGGGUGGCCUUUCCCCGGGCGCCCGAUCCCCAGGCGGCCUGUUCCCGCCCAGCCCUCGGUCACCUGGCGGCCCUCGGUCGCCCACCGCCAGUCAGCACAACGACCACGAAAACAACCUCAAACGUACAGAAAGCGAAGCCUUGAAGGACAGAUUAAAGGAACUGGCUGCGGCGGCGUCGCCUCGUCCCCCUGCACCGAAUCCUUUUACGAGAAAGAACUCUAUAUCGGGAUUUGACGCCUACUUUGCUGGCCCUCGAGAUAUCCAAAAGCACUCGAAAUGGCCCCUCGUUUUGCAGAUGCACGGCAGCAUUCUGCCAAAGCUGAUCCUGCCUCUCAUUGGCAUUGCUGGCUGGUCGACGUUGUUCACAGCGAUCCACAUGAAAGUAACUCCAAUCGGCAUCAGCAGUCUCUUACUCACUGUCCUCGGUUUCGUGGUCGGUUUAAGCUUGUCAUUCCGCAGUUCCACAGCGUACGAACGUUACGCCGAAGGUCGCCGGUACUGGGCGCAGCUAAUCCUCACAACGCAAAACUUGGGCCGCAUAUACUGGGUUCACGCUAAGGAGCGUGAAGGUGAGCUUGGGAAGAAGGACGUCAUGGCCAAACUCACCGCACUCAACCUCCUUGUUGCCUUCUCGGUUGCUCUCAAGCACAGGCUUCGCUUUGAACCGUACACGUGCUAUGAUGAUAUAAAGAAUCUCGUCGGCCAUCUGGACACGUUCGCCCAGUCUGCGACGGCGGCUGAGCCUGACCAGGUCCAUCAUGCAACUGAGCCAGUUGGAUUGCUGCAUAGUUUGGGCGAGUAUCUCGGCGUCUCAUUCUUGAACAGCAACCCUCGCAAGGCCAUGAAGCGGGCGAAGAGCCCGAUUGGCAACCUGCCCCUUGAGAUUCUGUCGUACCUGGGAAGUUUCACGGAUGAGCUCGUGCUGAACGGCCAGAUGACAGUGGUGAUGCACCAGACUUUAUCCUACAACAACAUUGUCGCCCUGAACGAUGUGCUGACUGGAACGGACCGGGUGCUCAACACACCACUCCCCAUCGCCUACGCCAUCGCGAUUGCGCAGAUUACAUGGGUGUAUAUUCUCCUCUUGCCCUUCCAGCUGCUGCCUCAGCUCGGCUGGAUUACUAUUCCGGGCACUGUUGCAGCGGCCUACGUUAUCCUGGGCAUCUUGUUCAUUGGGCGCGAAAUUGAGAAUCCGUUUGGCCACGACGUAAACGACUUGCCGCUCGAGAUCUACUGUGCCCAGAUUGCUCAGGAGCUGGACAUUAUUGCAAGCCGGCCCAAGCGACAGAACUCGGCUUGGAUCGAAUCAAUCGACAACCGCCUCUUGUGGCCCUUGUCCAACUCGGGCUACAAGGUCUGGGCGCUCCGCGAAGAGGAAAAGAUCCGCGAAGCGGUCGUCCACAAGGUGGAGCAAACCUUUGUCUCGUAUAAGAAGGGAGAGGAAGAAGUGGCGAGCAAGCAUCGUAGGAGGAAGAACGCCAAGUUCGAAAAAAGACACCCAAACGACGUCAUCUCAAAGGUAUAA